AAAACCAAAAACGUUUUAAAAAUGCAAAAGAAGAGUCGGGGUAAUUUCGGCAAAGGAAAAAAGAGAACUCCUUUGGCGACUUUUCCGUCCCACGGUCUACCUUCUUCUGUUCUGAUCAUGUCUCUAAUCAGGCAUUGCUCUCUGUACGGCUGAAGUUCGAAGCAAAGUACCGAAAGAUCCGUUGUGCAGCCGCCUCACAGAGCACUGAGCCUCCGCGGGCACGCUCCGAUCGUUUCUGGAGGACCGAAUUUACUGUGCAAGUGGGUCCGAAUUUUAUGCGAGUAAUGGGAAAGAGUUGUUGGUUGAUAUUGGCAAUCUUUACUUAUCUACUUGCCUUUUCUAGUGGAAGAGAACUCAACAUCAAGGUCAAGGGGGAUCAUAGCUCUAUUUAUAAUCAUACCCUUGCUGCAGUAUUGGUGGAGUAUGCUUCAGCGGUGUACAUGUCAGAUUUGACAGAACUGUUUACUUGGACGUGCCAAAGAUGUGAUGGUUUGACGAAGGGAUUUGAAAUCAUAGAGUUGGUUGUUGACGUUCAGCACUGCUUACAGGGCUUUGUUGGGGUGGCAAAGGAUCUUAAUGCUGUCGUGAUUGCAUUUAGAGGGACUCAGGAACACAGCAUAAUGAAUUGGAUUGAAGACUUGUAUUGGAAACAGCUUGACUUAAAGUACCCUGGCAUGGAUAAUGCAAUGGUGCACCAUGGAUUUUAUUAUGCUUACCACAACACAACUAUACGCCCUGCAGUUUUAAAUGCCGUUAAAAUGGCAAAGAAACUGUAUGGAGACAUUCCCAUCAUGGUGACUGGGCACUCAAUGGGUGGGGCAAUGGCUGCAUUUUGUGGACUUGAUCUAAAGGUCAAUCAUGAGGCCCAGAAUAUUCAAGUCAUGACAUUUGGACAACCUCGUAUUGGCAAUGCAGCAUUUGCAUCUUGCUAUAGCAAACUUGUCCCAAAUGCAAUUCGAAUCAUAAAUGAUCAUGAUAUUGUACCUCAUUUACCACCAUACUACCACUAUUUCCCUCAAAAAACAUACCACCACUUCCCAAGAGAGGUGUGGCUUUACAACAUUGAAUUGGGAAGUUUGGUUUACAAAACUGAGAAGGUCUGCGAUGGAACCGGAGAAGACCCAUCCUGUAGCAGGUCGGUCACUGCCACCAGCAUCUCGGAUCAUCUAGUUUAUUAUGGCAUCGAGUUAAUGUCCAAUGCACCAGGAACAUGCAGAUUUUGGAUGGAUCCUCAAGUGGCGUUGUAUAGCAGAAUGGAUCUCAGUGGAAACGUGGUCUUGUCCAGAGUUCCCGCAAGUCCAGUUAUCAGAUUGAAUACAGAGUCAGAUGUUGGGGGCAAACCUGUAGUUAAUUAAUUUGGUCAGAGCAUGGUUGCUCUUACAAAUGGCUGAGAGUAUCCACUGAGCGUAUCCACUUUCUUUUUGCAAGGGGGCUGGGAAGGAAUGUGUAUAUAUAUAUCAAUAUCCAUCGUGUACAUCUUCGUCCGGUGUUAAUAUGACCGAACAUUGUGUACU